GUCACAGCAUAAGCACAAGGCAGUGCUGCACGUUUCCAUGUGAUGUUUUCGGUUUUCGGCAUUCAGUGUUGUUUGCAUUUUACGCGGAGCUGGAGUUUUUUCUAGCAGCAAGUAUAUAUACUAUAUACUUAGUUAGAGUUCCGGUUGAAAUGUUCAAUUGUUGAAUAAAUUCGACUAAACGGUUAUUCGAAGUUAUUUUGAUUCAGUUACCCGGAAUGAGUGGAGCACAGCGGAAUCUGGAUCGCAAGAUCGUUGUCAUCGGAGCAGGAGCAUCGGGUGUGGCCUGUGCCACCAAACUCCUGGAAUUGGGCUUCCAAAAUGUUCUUGUCGUGGAGGCUGAGGAUCGUCUAGGUGGUCGCAUACACACAAUUCCUUUUGCGGACAAUGUCAUUGAUCUGGGAGCCCAGUGGUGUCACGGCGAAAGGGAUAAUAUUGUCUACGAACUGACCAGGAAACAUGAUGAGGAGCUUUUGGAAUCCACGGGUCCGGUGUAUGAGAACUACGAGUGUGUCAGGUCCAACGGAGAUGUGGUUCCCGACCAGAUAGCCAGUCGUUUGAAAGCUAUUGUUGGUGAUUCCCUGGUCACCCGGCAGUUGGAGCUGCGACACUGCAGCGGAUCCUUGGGCAGCUAUCUAAACAAUAAGUUUUACGACACUCUCCGGCGACCAGAAAACUCCGACAUAGAUUCCGAGGUGGCCAGGGAGUUCUUUGUUAAUUAUCAGAAAUUCGAAAACUCCGUCGAAGCCUCGGAUACGCUGGAACAGGUUUCCGGGCGGGGUUACCUGGACUACUGGGAGUGCGAGGGCGACAUCCUGCUGAACUGGAAGGACAAGGGUUAUGUGGAGCUGCUGAAACUCCUGAUGCGUUCUAGGGAGUUGAAAGUGGAGCAAGGAGUUCUGGAGCAACGAUUACUUCUCUCCACUCGAGUGCUGAAGAUCAACUGGAACCGAAACGAUGGACGUGUGGAGCUGCAACUGAGCAAUGGAGACACCUGUAUUGCCGACCAUGUAGUGGUCACCGUAUCACUGGGAGUUCUUAAGGAUCAGCACUUCCGGCUGUUCGAGCCACAGCUUCCUGUGGAGAAACAACGUGCAAUCGACGGUUUGGCUUUUGGAACGGUCAACAAGAUCUUUGUGGAGUUUCCCGAGGCUUUUUGGCCAGAGGAUUGGACGGGUUUUACACUGCUCUGGAGGGAGGAGGAUCUGAAUGAUAUCCGCGAUACCUCACGGGCAUGGUUGGAAGAUGUCUUUGGCUUCUACAGGGUGAGCUAUCAGCCCAGGAUACUGGCUGGCUGGAUCACCAAUGAAAAUGGCAGGCAUAUGGAAACUCUGCCCGCGGAUGAGGUCCAAGCUGGUGUGAUGUCUCUCUUCCGAAGAUUUCUUAAGUGGAAAAUCCCCGAGCCGUCGAACUUCCGUACCUCUGCUUGGUAUACAAAUGACAACUUCAGGGGAUCAUAUUCCUAUCGAUCCAUGGACACGGAGCAGCUGGGAACUGGAGCACGGGAGUUGGCUUAUCCUCUAACUGUGGUGGCCACAACACCAGAGAAAGAGAAUGAUGCGGAGGAUGAGCUGUGGCAGCAGAGUCGUUGCGAUAGACCUAUCGUACAGUUUGCAGGAGAGGCUUCUAGUGAACACUACUACUCCACGGUCCAUGGAGCAGUUGAGGCAGGAUGGCGCGAGGCCAGACGUUUGGCACAAUUCUACGGACUAAGCACGUCCCGUUCGGGAACGAAAUCACAACUCUAGCUGUAAGUUGGCGGGGGGGGAUAUCGUGAUAUAGACAACAGCGAUACCUGGAAGAUGUGAAAUUAGAACUUUGUCUUCGCAUUACAAGCAAAAUCAAGUAAAGAAAAAACAAUCAAGAAAACUGAACAAUACAUCCUGGAUAGACUUCAUAUGCCUAAGCUACUAAUUUACACAUACAUAUAUACGCCAUAGGUUAACAUAGGUGACAGAUUAUAUUUAUAUAUGUACAUGAGCAUGUCAAUAUGUCAACAAGUGUGCUGCCCAAAUAAAGCUGUGUUUAAGUCUUCUCUACCCUAAA